AUGAAUUUUUCAACUUACUAUCUGGGAUUUGACCAAACUGUUCUUCUUAAGGAUAAAAGCUGGCCAGCAUUUAUCCUAGUUAAACUAACGAAAAGUGGACUUGGCUUUGAAGGAAAUCUAACAUGUGCUAUAUUUACAGGACCUAACACGAUAGAAGAGGUUCUUCGAGAUGUUCAGGAUAACUCCUUAAAAUUGGUGUCCCACGACAAUUUAACAAAGAUACUACUUCGCUGUGAUGAAGCCGGCUCUUUCGAUAUCUCACAUCGACAACAGACCAAAACAUCGUACAUUUGGCCAGGAACCAAGUGGUGUGGGUCUGGAGACGUGGCUGAGGACCCCCAAGAUCUAGGAGAAGAGAAGGAGACAGACCGCUGUUGCAUGAAACAUGAUCUCUGUAAAGAGUAUAUUGCUGGUGGGGAAACAAAAUACGGUUUAAAGAACCCUACGUCUUAUACAAG